UCUAGGUGCAUUUAAUCCUUCCAGAUUCACUAUGAGGUUAAACUAGUAUUAUACUCAUUUUAAAGAUGGGAAAACUGAGGCUCUGGUGGUUAAGAGACUUCCCAAAGGUCAUAACCCUAGUAAGUGCCAAAGCUAGGAUUCAAACUCAAGCACCCUGUCUUCAGAGCCCAGGCAUACUGCCUCACUUAAUAGUAAUGAUUUUUUUUUUUAAUCAUAACUUGCUCGGCUACAGUAUUCUAUAGUUUAUAAGGCGCUUUCCACUCACUCUUUCAUUUCUCACAACAGCAGCCUAGGGAGGGAGAAAAUGUUUACUCCCAAUUUAUAGAGGGGAGGGGGAAACCGGCUGUGAAAGGGGGAGCUGACUUGCCUUGCCAAGGUCACACAACAAGGUCAGUGGCAGAAGUAGGGCUGGAGCUUGGAAUUUUCCAAAUUAGGACUUCAAAUUUGGGGGGCCCUUCUCCAGCCUUGGCCAGUUCCCAAGCUCCCCCAGUAACAUGCCUUCUGGCUAGAGGCCUUGAGCCUCCCACCCCAGGUCAGCUGUGCCUGGACUUCCACCCUUCAGCUGCAGGGUCCCAAGGCUGUGUCCUCCAUGCCACCGCCCCCCACCCCCGCCCUCCCCAUCUGAUGGGAGGGGCAGGAACUCCAGGGCUGGUGGAGUUUCCGACUAGGCAGGAAAAAGAACAAAGGAACUGAGGUGGGGGUUGGAGGGGAUGGCCAGGAGGGUGGCAGGAGUAGAGGGGACACUUCACCAUGGAAUAUGAAGUCAAGAAAGGGAAGAAGGGCUUUGUAUCACCCAUCCGAAGGCUGGUGUUCCCCAAGGCCGGGCGCCGAGCAGCCUGCAGGAGCAGCGUGAGCCGCCGGCCCUUGCACUCAAUGCCCCUUUAUCCCCCCGACUACCUCAUCGACCCCCAGAUUCUGCUGUGUGACUAUCUGGAGAAAGAGGUCAAGUUCCUGGGCCACCUUACCUGGGUGACUUCCUCACUGAACCCCUCCAGUCGGGACGAGCUCCUGCAGCUGUUAGACACCGCCAGGCAGCUGAAGGAGCUGCCGCUGAAGACCACGGCGGAGCAGGACAGCAUCCUGAGCCUGUCUGCCCGCUGCCUGCUGCUCACCUGGCGCGACAAUGAAGAGCUCAUCCUGCGCAUCCCUACGCACGAGAUCGCCGCCGCCUCCUACCUGCAGGACGACGCGCUGCACCUGCUAGUGCUCAAGACCGGUCUGGGUGUGGACCCGGUGCCGGCCGGCGUGGACGCCAGCCCCGGCGGCGCAGGACGCGACCCCGGCCCGCCAGGCGCGGCGCCCGAGAAGCGGCGGGUGGGCACCGCGGAGCGGCGCCACACCAUCUGCAGCCUGGACUGGCGGAUGGGGUGGGGCGGGGGCGCCGCGGAGGCCCGGGCCGGGGGAGGCGGCGGUGGCAGCCUGGAGCGCCAGCGAGCCGGGGCGCGGGCGUCGGGCAGCUGGGAGCGGCGGCAGACGUUCAGCGGCAGCUGGGAGCGGCGGCACGCAGGCGGAGGCGGUGGCGGCGGCGGCGGCGCGGGCAAGCCGGGCGGCAGCUGGGAGCGGAGGCAGGCGGGCGGCGGCGGCGGCGGCAGCUGGGAGCGGCGACACCCCGGCCCCAACCCGCUCGACCCGCAGGACCCCAGCCCCGACGCCUACUGCAACCUGGUCAUCUUGGCUGUGGCCAACAGGGACGCUGCAGAGGAGUCCUGCGCACUCAUCUGUCAAGUCUUCCAGAUCAUCUACGGGGACCAGAGUAUUGAGUGCGUGGACCGGGCUGGCUACCACUACACAUCCACACCUGAACGGCCGUGGCUUUGCAGCCGCAGUGAGAGCUGCCGCACAGAUGGGACGUACGCCUAUGAUGCCGACUUCAGCUGCUGCAGCUCCUUCAAUGGCUCCCAGGACACCUUUGAAGCAUGUUACAGUGGCACGUCCACACCUUCUUUCCAUGGCUCCCACUGCAGCGGCAGCGACCACAGUGGCCUGGGCUUCGAGCAGUUACAGGAUUACUUGGUGACGUUGCGGAGUAAGCUGGGGCCGCUCGAGAUCCAGCAGUUUGCACUGCUGCUGCGGGAGUACCGGCUGGGGCUGUCCAUCCAGGACUAUUGCGCAGGCCUGCUGAAGCUCUACGGAGACCGGCGCAAGUUCCUCCUCCUCGGGAUGCGGCCCUUCAUCCCGGACCAGGACAUCGGCUACUUCGAGGGCUUCUUGGAGGGUGUGGGCAUCCGCGAGGGCGGCAUCCUCACUGACAGCUUCGGCCGCAUCAAGCGCAGCAUGAGCUCCACAUCGGCCUCCGCGGUGCGCAGCUACGACGGCGCGGCCCAGCGGCCGGAGGCACAGGCCUUCCACCGGCUGCUGGCCGACAUCACGCACGACAUCGAGGCGCUGGCCCCCGACGACGACGAGGAUGAGGAUGAGCCCAGGGGCGAGGACGCCGCUGCUGAAGACAACUACCUGUAGCCACUGCCCCUGAGGAUGAUGCGGCCCUGCAGCCCAACUGAGUCUCAGCCUUACCUGGGGGACCCUAUCCCGGGGGCCCCUAUCCCCAGGGCCCUCUCAUCACACCUGGCGGGGACGGGGGCAUCUUCACUCCAGGGUCUUGGUCCCUGCCCUCGGGGCCUGGCGCCCUGCAGUACCGAGAGUGUCCUGCAGGGGGCGAACGAAGCCGGGCCCUAAAGUCCAGGCAGCCACCCGGGGCUCCCGGGCUGCUCUGCCGGGCUGGGGCUGAGCAGCGAUCCUGCUUUGUCCCAGGAGCCCAGAGCGCUUGGCCCCACAACACACCCUCCUCCCCGGAACGCCGCAACUUUCUGGAAGCUGAGGAAGGCCUGAAGAGUGGGCUCCACCUGCUGGCAGACUGAGAAAAGAAUUUCCGGAACUCUGUCCUAUUUUACAGAUUGGAAAACCGGUUCAAAAAGAGAGGAAGAGGCUUGAGGGAAACUCCUAAUUCUCCUUAUAUGACCUCAAACUGACCGUAUUAAAUAGCGUGGAAGGUCUUUUUCAGGCUGUAAAUGUCAGGGUCCCCCGUCCCCUGAUGCCUGACCUGUACAGUCAGUGUGGAGUAGAUGGUAUUCUCUACCCAGGCUGACUCAGUGGGGUGAUCUGGACCCCUUUCUGGCCUUAAGACUCUGAACAAGUUGUUUGUUCAGCUCUGGGAUUUGGAGCUAGGCCGACCUGGGGCCUCUAUCUGGUUCGUGUCUGAACCUCUGUGUCCCUCCAUCUGUCCAGUGAGUUCAGCCCCAUCUACCUAACCCGUGGCCAUGGGGAUUACUGAGAGCUAAGACCUUAGAGCUGGGUCUAGCACAUAAGUGCUCAAUAAAUGUUGUUCCUCUCCACAUCAAACAUUUUGUGGCUCUGUUUACCUUUCUUGCAUAGUAAUGAGCAAAAAAAAGAUGCCUGGGUGCAUCUUACCCCAAUUGAGGUGGGGGUGAGAUAUUCAGAAGACCCUCAGGGGAGCUCACUGUUUGGGAUGAAGAAGCAGGAUUUCUCCUCUUGGGCCCUUAUUACAGCCUAGCUCUGUGCUCAAUCACACGCAAGAAAUAGCCAAGACUCCAUAGGCAGCCAUCUGGGAGUCUGGGGUAGUCAAAGAAAGGUGAAGGCAAGGUUGGAGAGGUAGAGAAGUCAGGAUAAGGACAGCACUCAGAACAGCCUGAGUAAAGGCUGGAAAGCUGAAAGGAAUGAGGUCUGAGAGGAGGCACUCACAUAGGAGAGCCAAAAUGUGUUUGUGAAACCUUGCAAAGCCUUCCAUGGCCAGACGCAUGGUACCCACCAUAAAAUAGGUACUGUUAGCAAUUUUCAAGUAAUAUUCUUAGGACUCCCGGUCCAAAGAGUUCCGUGAUUCAGACUUGGUUUGUGGUCAAUGAUCAUCCCAUCAUCGCUGGUCCGUGCAGGGCCCUUCCGAUGUUUCAUUUUAUCCCUCUCCCAAUCCACGUGUUCCCCACACUCCUUCUCCCUCUUUACCAUGAGCACCUCACCGUACGUGCUGAUAUAUGUCCCUGGGCCUAACCUACACAGUGCUUUGUGUGUGUGUUUACCUAAACGGUAUUAUAUAAGA